GGAGGGAAGGUUAUAGCUAACGGCUAUAAAAGUCCAGUGAUACGUGAGUUUAUGAAGUUGUUUGUGUUCAUUGGAGCUAACUGGAAAAAACCUGAGCAGGACUGAGCUGUGUUUAAUCUAAACUAGUAGACCAACAGAAUUUAAAGGAGGUAAAAGCUACAGUGCUGCCUACUGAUGAAAUUGGAGCAAGACAUAUCAUACUAUGUGAUCUUAAAUUCAAAGUGAAGCUGGUUUACCUGCGCAUGUAAGAAAAAGGUACAUGUUCCCCUGAAAGUGCACCAACUGGUCAGCUGGUGAUGGCAGAAGAGAAGACAUUUCGCUAUGGCCUCAUUGUUCUGGGAUUCUUUUUGAUCAUAGUUGGAAUGUUCAUAAUGAAUGUGGAUAAGCCUGGGGUCUAUGCAACCUUCUUUUCCAUCGGGAUUCUGAUGAUCGUCGUGGGGAUUGUCUGGAGCAUUUGUCAGUGCUAUCCUAAGGCGACCCAUAUCCCACCUAUCAAGUCAGAACCAGAGCACCUAUUUCCAGAAAAACAGCAGCUUCCAGGCUCCAUAUCAGAGUGUGAGGUUCCUCUCAAAUCAAGCUCCCAGAGUCCGUAUACCUCCUGUGAAGAAGCUAAACAGUAUGCAAAAAAUCUGCCUACUUAUGGGCAAAUCCAGCAAAACAUAAGCGGGGUGGAAGACUCAUCUGAAGUGAACUCGCCUCCCACUUCACUCCAGUCAAAACAUUUGGAUGAAGGUCAAUCUUCUGUGAAGGCAGAGGUUCUGGUCCAUAGAGAUUCAGAGAGUGAUGGGGAGACCAGUUCUAGCUGCAACGACAUUACCCUUUCUGCUGGAACCAAGGGAAGAGGAUGCACUGAGGCACCCCUUGCCACAUUCAAGGAAGACUUCGACACCGCAAUCAAUUCAUCUCCGUCAAACAACUUGGCACUUCACAGGCACAGGUCAGUCCUCCCCCCUUCCUCUAGAAACAAAGGCCAGAGCCAACCACCUCAGAAUGAAAAUGUCACCUUAGUUGACGCCGUUUCCCCUGACUGUUCAGCUCAGCAUAACCAGCUAGCUAUUAGUGCUUCGGAGAGUGAUGACAAAAAUACCACAAGUAUUGCAACUGCAGCACCUUUUAAAUUUGAGCAACCAGCAUCCAGGGACAGUCAGGAAAAAGAAGACCAGAUUGCAAGUGAUAUGUUUUAUGGGAUAUGUGAUGAAAUGAAUGGAAUAAAUCUUUAUAUUUCUGAGGAAUCAGAACAAGAAGAAUCUCGCUGCGAUGAAAUUUCUGUGUAAAAUCUGCAUCAUUUUCAAUACUAAGGAUUUGUAAUUCCUUCUGAUUGUCCGAG